GAAACAAUCGCAUCACGCUCAAAACGUUUUCUUCUUCACUCUCUCUGCUUCUUCUUCUUCUCUCUCUCUCUCUCUCUCUCUCUCUCUCAGAGAAUGCAAUCGUGAAAACCCUAAACCCGCCGUGAAAGAAGAUGGAUCGCAAGGGAAAGGGUAAACAGGUCGCCGGAAAUAGUUCGUCUUCCGGCGGAAAGAAAAGGAAAAACACCGUCGAAUUCAGAGAUGAAGGUUUGAGGAUUAAGAAGCGGAAAAACCCUCAAGUUCUUCAAUUCUUCGAGGAAUCCGCUGAAGUUGGCUACUAUGGAGGCAGCUCCGACGAAGAUGAUGACGGAUUAGGUUUCCUUAACGAUAUGGAAGACGAACCUGAGGUUGUUGAAGAGAGUGGUAAGGCUGGCAAGGGAGAAAAGGGAAACUCCUCCUCUUUUGUUUUUCCAAAGGAAGAAGAUAUUAACGAGGAGGAGUUUGAUAGGAUAAUGGAAGAAAGAUACAAGCCAGGUUCUGGUUUUCUUAGAUAUGCUGAUGAUGAUGUGAAAGAUUCCAUUGAGAUGGAUGCUCUUGCUCCAACUUCCAAGGAUCCUCCCAUUUGGAAAGUCAAGUGUACGAUUGGACGGGAAAAGCAUUCGGUUGUCUGUCUCAUGCACAAAUUUGUUGAGAUGAAGAAGACAGGCACCAAAUUGCAGAUCAUAUCUGUCUUCUUUGCGGACCAUGUCAAGGGUUUUAUUUUCAUAGAAGCGGAAAAAGAACGUGACGUUCUCGAGGCAUGCAACAAUUUAACUGGUAUAUACGCUACUCGGAUGGGGUUAGUUUCUAAAGACGAAACUCCAAAUCUGCUAACUGUCCAGAGGAAAACAAAAAAAGUUUCUGAGGGAACAUGGGCUCGUGUCAAGAAUGGUAAAUACAAAGGAGAUCUUGCUCAGAUUGUGGCUGUGAGUGACACUCGAAAAAAGNUGAACGUCUCUGUAAGCGUUCUAGGUGUAAAAACUUUUUUCAUAUAUUACUAUUAG